UAUAAAGUAUAACUUUCGUGGAAGAAUAUAGGUAAAAUGUUUUUGAACUUAUCAAAAACAGGUCAAGCUGCAUUGAAUAGACUUCAAGUGACACGGCACAAGGGUUAACCGGAUUUUUAAGGGAGAAGAUUCCUUUUUUUGGUCUGUGUUUGUUUCAACAAAUGAGUCUCUGAUGGGCACAAACUCUUAUCUAACUUUUCAAUCUCUCUUUAGGUAAUCUAACUCUCACUGGUUCAGCUACAAGGGCAUUUUCUUUUCAAAUCAUGGACUAAGGCACCAAUGGGAAGUAGUCUUAUAUGUUUUUUUGGUCAUACCCAAAGCAGUCUAAAAAUACGAUCUUUGGAGAAGAAGCCUCUCAUUACCCAGCAUGAGUCCAAACCUGUAAAAGUUGGUAGAUACCGGACUUAUUUAACUCAUUUUCCUGUACAACAAGGCUCUUUUGUGAGACUUUCUGCCUCUGCAUUGUCAGCAUCAAAACCAUACAAACUAGUCUCAGUAAUACAUGAUACAUCAGUUUGCUAAUCCAUCAUCAACUAGAACCAGUUGCAAUCACCUACCAAACAGCAUCGCUUUGAAAUCAAGUCGCCUCAACCUCCAUGCCCUGACUCAUUUGUAUUGCACCUACCCACCUGGAUAUUGCUUAAUAAUAACAAUUCAAUAUGCUUCUUAUUAUUCCAUUGCAAAAAAUGCAAUUAUACAUGUCUUUAAAGCAUAUAAUAAAUAAAAUCAAACAAGCAAAUUUAAAUGCGUAAGAGAAGACAUAUUGACGUAUCAAUUGAAGACCAUCAUACCACCAAUCACAAAACAAAACUUCAAAAUAACUGAUUUUUCCCUCCCAAAAAGGAAAAACAUCAUUAUAUUUUGGACAAGAAAAUAAUAGUGUAAUCAGUUCAGCUCUCUUUGUCCAAUUCACCUUCAAAUGAAACAUCUCAACUAACAAAAGCCAUUGUUUUCUAUUUGUUAGAUUAAAUAACAAAUAUCAUCAUAGACUCCUUAAAAACAUACCAAUGAAAGGUCCCGAAAGAAGAAAUCAUUAGCCAACACAAAAUGAAUAGCCAACUCUUGCAUCCAGAAUAUUCAGCAUUCCAACUUGAACGGGCCACGGAAGAUGUCCGUGUAACAUUCUUCAAAUGUGUCAGAUGGCAGCUAGAAGAAACAUUGGACGCAAUUGACUGCCCUUAUCACUAUUUCUGUGAUAGCACUUAUCCUGGCAAUUAUCCACCUGCUGUGGACAUUCUGGUAUUUCUGUUUACUGCAGCUUCAUACUUGACAACCCUCAUCUUUGUGGUGACAGAUAUAUCAAGAAGAGGGCAAACCUGCCUUAAUCGUUCAAAGAGGUACUUAUUACCAUCUGGUCCAAUUUCUCUCCCAGUAAUCCUCUUGACACUGGCAAAAGGCCACCGAAUCAACACCAUAUUUCCUCUCUCGAGCAUUGGUCCUGCAAUCCUCCUACUGGUUCAUGUUUCUGCCCUGACCUUUGAUCACAAGGCUAAUAGAGACAUCAAAUAUGCUUUUUUUGAGGCAUCAACAAUUUCUGGAAUUUUACAUGCAAGCCUGUAUCUGGAUGCUAUUAUCUUACCUUAUUAUACAGGUUUUGAUGCUCUAGUGUUGUCAAACUUUUCAGGUGAGUGUGCAUCUUGCGUAUGCAGGAAAGAGGUUUUGAUUGUGGGAGGGAUCUUAGUGUCAUACAAGGGGUGGUCAAUAACCACAUUUUCAGUUGUGGGUGCUCUCUGCUUAAGGAUUAUCUGCAGAUUGUCUGGAGAGAAAACAGGAGCUACCGCACUAAUUAGGCCAUGGCUGGAAAGCGUAGCUUGGAUCUUGAUAUCAAUGGACUGUGUUUAUCUAGCAACAAACUCCCCACCAGGAAGUACAAUGUUGAGAGUUGCUGCUUUUGGAGGUGUAUUUGUUUUGAUUUGUCUUCAUGUACUCAAAAGUGCAUGCACUCUGAUAACAAAGUGGCAUUGUGCAGAAAAAAUUAGUCAAAUAUCACAUGGAGGAUAGAAAAGUAUAAUGAUCAGAAGAGGCAUAAAUUUACAAGAAUGAGAGGAAACAACAAUGUAAAUGUGUAAAUAGUCUUUUUCUCCCCCUUUUUCUGAUCAAUGAAAUACACAAUUUGCCAAAAUGAUCAUAAGAAUGUAUCCUACAUCAGAACAUAUAAAACCUAUAAAUCAAAAUGUUCCAGCAUAUUAAGGGAGAUGAUUGGGAUAACUUCCAAAAUCCAUCAAAGUACCAAACCUAUUCACCAAAAAAUGCUUCUAACCCACAACAAGUGAACUUGAAAGCAGUACCCCAAUGCAAGUCACAAGAAAAACCUCCUUCGACUCGUGUCCAUUCCCGACUAAAAUUCAAAUGGGAGAACAAAGCAAAUAAAGUGUGAGAGAGAUAAAGGGUAUUUUUUUUUUUUUUAACAAAAAGUAAGACAAAUAAUCAGAUCUAGAUAGUAGCAGCCUGAAUUGGUUGGUAGGUUGACUACAUUUUGAACCCACUCAUAUUACAUGCCUUCAGUACCAAAUGUUCCAAGCUGCAGACUGAUCAGCCUUCAGUGUGAAACAAGGGCCACAUUCUUGCAUGUUUACAUACAUAACUCAUUAUAGGAAUUAGUUAUUGGAAUGAUUUAAUGAAAUUCCAUAGUAAUCUGAUACAAAGGGGCCAUAGCAGUGUUACCACCGUUUCAAUUUUAUUUUAGCAAACUAUGUUGUGCAAUCAUGUGAUCUAAACCAGUAUAAAUCUGUGUUGACUUGAACAUUUCAAACUCUGAAGCUACCCCAUGAUCACUUUAUGGCUCACACACAUACUUCCUUAAUAAGCAAUAACGGAAUAACCUAUCGGAACAGUCCAAGCAUCAUAUGAUUAUGUUAUAGCUUCAUUAAUUCUUUUUUAAAAGUACACUAGAACAGUACAAAAUGCCUGCAAAUAGUUUUAUUCAAACGAAAUAUUCAAUAUUUACAUCUCAUAAGUCUCAUGAUCUAGUAAAAAUAAAAGACAGAGAAACACAUAACAUGAUUAUCAUAAUCAGACAGUGAAGGUCUCAUCUGGGUCUUCAAAGUUGGGGUCCUUGACAUCAAGAACUCCUGCAGAUUCGAACCCAAUCUCAGGCUGAGAGUAGCCAUCACCAACCCAGGUGAACUUGCCUCCGUGACCCCUCUUCUUCGGCGAUCCAUUCAUGCCCGUCCCUGAUUUCCGAUCUUUUCUCUCCUCUGAUUUUCCACUGGGCUUGUAACUCUUCCCUGUCUUCUUCAUUUUCUCUCUCUCUCGCUCAC